CGGGCAACCCGGUACGUUCCCCGGGAGCGGGGAGAGGGGGAGGAGGCCCCAGGCCCGGCAGCCCUGGGGGCCGGUCGGGGCGGCGUCACCGCACCCUCCGCCAGGCCCCGCGGGAUGCGCCGUGGGAGCCGAGGGCGGAGGCGACACUCUCAGGUAAAUUGGCAGGAUGAGGAGCAGCAAAUCAAAAGAGGUGCCUUUACCAAAUCCAAGGAACUCUCAAAGCAAAGAUAUUGUUCAAGCAGAUGUACCCACAUCAUGGGAUGCACUUUCUCAAAACAAGGCUGCUUUGCGACACAUUGAGAACAAAUUAGAAGUAGCCCCAACAAGUACAGCUAUGUUUGAUUCUGUGAUGGAUGCUAAGAAGUCUUCUGCAAGUGCAAUCCGAAAAAUAAGUAGAAAAGAUGGUAGAUACCUAGAUGAUUCUUGGCUCAAUGCUCCAAAUUCCAAAUCUUCUAGACCACGAAAAGAGAAAUCUCGUAGUCCUCUCAGAGCUACCACUCUGGAAAGUAACGUGAAGAAAAACAAUCGUGUGGAAUUUCGUGAUCCUUUGGUUUCUUUCAGGGAGAUCCAUGGUACAUCUUUCAGUUUAAGUCCCAGUCAUCUGGAGUCAAAGCAUGCAUAUUGUGUAGAUGUUAAUGAAGAAAAGACUGAGCACGGAGACUGGAUGGGAUGCAAUCGAGAAGAACAAAGCACACAUUGCUGUGAUUUUGAGAGUUCUCAGUCAUCUGUUGUCAAUGAUACAGUUGUUAGGUUUAUAAAUGAUCGACCAGCAAUUGAUGCAUUGCACAGUUCAGAAUUUUUAAUUAAAGUGGGAGCUCCCACGAGGACUGAGGAAGAAAUGCAGAAUAGAACAAAAGGAAACGAGAGCAAUUCAAAACCUUCUGUAAAUAACAAGGGCCAGGAUGUUGAUUCAAAAGUGUUUCGGCUAGCUGACUCGUCCCCAUCCUCUACCAGUUCUUGUAAUUCCCAAAGAUUAGAUAUUUUAAAGCGGAGACAACACGAUGUCAAACUGGAAAAACUCAAGGAACGUAUUAGGAAACAGUGGGAACACUCAGAAGAAAUAAAUGGCCGAGGCCAGAAUCUGGGUCAUAUUGACCAUCCAGUAAUGGUUGUUAAUGUUGAUAAUUCAGUGACAGCAAAAGUCAGGAAAGUGGCAACAGCACCACCUGCUCCAAUGUAUAAAGGCUUCAACCCUUCAGAGACAAAGAUUCGAACACCUGAUGGCAGAGUGUGGCAAGAGACGGAGUUUCAAAGCAUGAGUAGAGAACUGUACCGAGACUUAGCACUUCACUUUGCAGAUGAUAAUUCUGUAAUAAAAGAAAAACCUGCUGACAAAAGUAAGGAGAAGAAAGUGGUCAAGCCAGUACGAAAAAUCCAAAAGGUACCACAGUUAUCAAGUCCUGAAUGCAAAACAGGUAGUAGUCGUCUGAUAAGUACUUCUUCCUGGCGUGAUGGACAAAAAUUAGUAAAGAAGAUUCUGGGACCUGCACCCAGAAUGGAGCAAAAAGAGAGAAGAACCGUAUCAAGUGACAGAAGUGGAAGAGAAAGAACUGCUAAAUUUGGGGUUAAUAUUGGAAGAGCAGAAUCUGAUCCCAGGCUAGAUGCUUCACAUCGACAUCUUCCACGAAGCUCAGAACGUUCAAGAAGUAGAGCUCCAUCUGAAAACAAUAUGAAGAAAUUAGCUCCAUCUGUACCAGACAAUAAACAGGAGGAAAAUACUGCCUUAAACAAAGACUUUUUACCUGUUGAAAUUCGUGGCAUCCUUGAUGACCUGCAGCUGGAUUCCACAGCUCAGACCAGUAGGCUGGAGGGUGGUGAGGUACAGAAGCAGACGUCAUCAGCACCGGCACCAGCUCCUCGGAGCCACAGCCCAGGGAAAAGAAAGCCAGAAAAAAUAACUGCUAAUGAAGAUCCCCCUGUUAUUUCCAAAAAGCGCCACUAUGAUACAGAUGAGGUACGACAGUAUAUUGUUAGACAGCAGGAGGAGAGGAAGAGGAAGCAAAAUGAAGAGAAGAAGGCUCAAAAAGAGGCAACAGAGCAGAAGAACAAACGAUUACAGGAGCUCUAUCGGAAGCAGAAAGAAGCCUUUACUAAAGGGAAAAGUGUGCCCCCCUGUGACCCACCAGCUGCUAGGAGGCUGCAGGAGACUUACUCCAAAUUACUUCUUGAAAAGACUUUGCUUGAAGAGCCAGCGCAUCAACAGGUUACACAGGAAACACAGGGCAGACCUGGGUAUCAGCCUUCUGGAGAAUCUGAUAAAGAGAACAAAGUGCAGGAACGUCCCCCAAGUGCAUCUUCCAGUAGUGACAUGUCUUUGUCAGAACCACCACAGCCUCUUGCAAGAAGAGAUUUGAUGGAGCCUACAUGGAUGCAGCCUGAUAGGUUGAGCCCACGAGUUCAUAGUUCUCAACCACAGCCUCUUGUUGGAACAGCUGAAAAUUUACUCUCCCAUUUCUUGAAUCUUGAGCAUGUAGGAAUAUUGCACAAGGAUCUUGAAUCUAUCUUACCAGCCAGAAAGAACCAUAAUACGGCUUCAGGACCAUUAACUUUUACACCUCAACCGUAUCUGACCUCAACAGCAACUCAUCCAGAUGCCUUGUUAAAACCUAGUGCCAGCCAGUGUAAGAGUAAACUGGACCGCAUCGAAGCCUUGAAAGCAACAGCUGCUUCUUUGUCUAGCAGGAUUGAAAGUGAAGCCAAGAAACUAGCUGGGGCCACCAUCAACUAUGGGUCAGCAUGGAACUCUGAAUAUGAUGUGAAACAAACACCUCAGGAAGACGGACCUUGGACCAAGGCUGCAAGUCCACCUGUGAAGGAGGACACUGAAGAUGUUUUCUCUGCCCGAAUUCAAAAGAUGCUGGGAACCUGUGUAGCUCAUGCAACUUUUGAUGACGAUCUUCCUGGUGUAGGCAACCUUAGUGAAUUUAAAAAGCUUCCUGAGAUGAUAAGACCUCAGAGUGCCAUAUCAAGCUUCAGGGUGAGGUCCCCUGGCCCCAAACCAGGAGGACUGCUGGCACAGUUGUGUAAGAGGCAGACUGACUCAUCUAGCUCUGAUGUGCAAGCUUGUUCCCCAGAAAAAGCCAAAAUGUCUGUUUGUUCCAGCACAGACACAGUCAGUGAAGGGCCUCUUCUUAGUGAAGGGAGUCUCUCUGAAGAAGAAGGAGUCCAGAAUGGACGGCCCCUUUCAAAGGUAGCAGAAAUCUUUAAAGAAAAGGAAUUGUGUGCUGGAGAAAGAAGUCCUUAUGAACCUAUCAAAGAGUUUCAGAAGGAAGCUGAGAAAUUCUUGCCACUUUUGGGGCACAUAGGUACACAAAGCAAAGGACCAUGGGAAGAAUUGGCAAAGGGAAGUCCACAUAGUGUUAUUAAUAUUUUUACCAAAUCAUACCAGUUAUAUGGAAAAGGGCUUGAAGACAGAUUAGACAGAGGAACAUCAGUAUCUCGAACUUUGAAUGUCACCACAACCCCUCUAAGCAGUGUUUCAUAUGAAGAUGACUUUGCUUCCUCUCCAGGGAGUGGGACUUUAACAGAAAAAAAAUCAACUCUUGAAUCUCACAUUGGUGGUAGCAACUUAGGCAUUGAGGAGGAUCAUUCUAGCAGAAAGUCUGCCUGUGAUCUGUACUCUAUGGAUGUUCCCUCUCAGAAUUCAUCAGGAGCUCAGUCUGCAAUAUCAUCUCAUUCAUCUACUUCGAAAGGAAAGAAAGGAAAAAAGGAAAAGACAGAAUGGUUGGAUUCAUUUAGUGGAAACGUUCAGAUCUCACUUCCUGGGGAGAAUAAAGCACAAUCUGACUCAGAACGAGGCUCUCAUCAAAGAAAGAAAUCUGGAUCCAGUGGCAAACUUUCUCUUAAAGAUUAUGAGCAGACUUUCGACACUGAUAGCACUUUGGAAGAACUUUCUGGGUAUUCUGUGAGUGGCUCAUCAGACAAAGUAAGAUCUCAGAAAACUCCAACUUCUCCCCUGUCUCCAAGUUCCCAGAAAUUGUCACAGUUUGAUCUUCCUGGAACAUCUUUAGAAAGAUCUAAGUCUUCAGUCAUUGUACCUCCAACGACAACUGGAUUUAAGCCCAGUGCAUCUUUCACUGAUGUGAACAAGACAGAGAUGGCUUCAACACCAGUUGUUAACCACCCUACAGGUUCUAAGCGCUUUUCUCCUGCUGGCCUCCAGCAACGGAUGACAGCAGAGCUCAGUUAUUUGAGUGCCAUUGAGGAGUCAAUGCGUCAGCUAUCAGAUGUGGAAAGAGUUAGAGGCAUUUCACUUGCUCAGCAGGAGAGUGUAUCUCUGGCUCAGAUCAUAAAGGCACAACAACAACGGCAUGAAAGAGAUUUGGCCUUAUUGAAACUGAAAGCUGAACAAGAGGCUCUGGAAUGCCAGAGGCAAUUAGAAGAAACUCGAAACAAAAGUGCUCAGGCCCAUGCAGAAUCCUUACAGCAGGUGGUUAAGUCACAAAGGGAAGUAACUGAAGUCCUCCAGGAAGCAACUUGUAAAAUAGCAGCUCAGCAAACAGAGACGGCCCGCCUCACCACCGAUGCAGCUAGGCAGAUUUGUGAGAUGGCAGAAUUAACUCGAACCCAUAUCUCAGAUGCCAUCUCUGCUUCCGGAGUUCCACUAGCAGCACUCUAUGACCACCAGCGACAGCAUCUUCCAGACUUCAUGAAACAACUGAGGACCAAAGCUGAGGCAGAUAGGAUAAGCCAGCCUGCUUCAGUAUCUCAGAGUAAAGAAGGAGCCUUUGACUCAAAGCGUCAGAAGUCUUCUCCUUCGUGUGAUAGUUAUUCUGAGUCUUCAAGAUACAAGAACCAUGAUCGAAGAAGUAGUAGUGGCAGCAGCCAUCAAGAAAGUCCUUCAGCUCCAUCUUGUAAGGAAAAUGAGAAGAAAUUUCAUGGUGACAAGUUGGAGAGUUCAAUUGAUGAACAGCUUCAGACUGCUGCAGAUGAUUCUUUCCGAAGUGAUAGCAUUCCAUCGCUUCCUGAUGAGAAAGACUCAACUUCUUUUGCAACAGAAUACUCCCUGAAAUUUGAUGAAUCUAUGACAGAAGAUGAAAUAGAAGAAAAGUCAUUUCGGUCUUUACUCCCUUCUGAGAGUCAUCGGAGAUUUAACAUGGAAAAGAAACGAGGCCACCACGAAGACUCUGAUGAGGAAACGUCCCCAGACAAAACUGCAUUGUCUUCAGCCAAGGAACUGAGCAUGCCAUUCUCAGGAGGACAAGAUAGCUUUUCUAAAUUUACCAUGGAGAUGGUUCGACAAUAUAUGAAAGAAGAGGAAAUGCGUGCAGCUCACCAGUCUUCACUGCUGCGUCUCCGUGAGAAGGCCUUGAAGGAGAAAACUAAGGCUGAAUUAGCUUGGCUGGAACAUCAGAAAAAGCAUCUGCGAGACAAAGGAGAGGAUGACAAAAUGCCCCCACUGCGGAAGAGACAGCGGGGUUUGCUUCUGAGAUUACAGCAAGAAAAGGCAGAAAUAAAGCGUCUUCAAGAAGCCAAUAAGGCAGCACGGAAAGAAAGACAGCUGAUUCUUAAGCAGCAGGAGGAGAUAGAAAGGAUACGGCAGACCACCAUAAAACUGCAGGAGAAGUUGAAGUCUGCAGGGGAGAAUAAAGUGGACUCUCACAGUGAUGAUGAUAUGAAGAAUAGUAAGGCAGUUAGUCCCGGUCCAACUGAUUUAGAGACUCGCAGUCCUUCUCCCAUUUCAAUUUCCAGCAGUGAAACUAGCAGCAUCAUGCAGAAACUGAAGAACAUGAGAAGCCGCAUGGAUGAAAAACACUGCUCUCCUGUUCACUACUUCUUCUCUGUCUUUACGUCUCACCACUGGGCCUCUCUCAGUGUCUGUUUUCCCAACCUUCACCCCAAAUUCCAGCUGUAUAUCUACAACCAGUUGGUCAGGUUUCUGACAAAGCGAGAACAAAAACUGAUGCAGCGGCGACAACAUGCUGAGGAGCUCCUUGAAUGGAAGAGACGUUUAGAUGCAGAAGAAGCAGAAAUCCGUCAAAUGGAAAAACAAGCUUUGGCUGCCUGGGACAAAGAAUUAACAAAACCCAAAACUCCCAAGAAAGAACUAGAGAACCACAGAACAGAACAAAAAGGAACAGCAAGUGAAGAGGAAUCUCCAGUACCUUCCUAUUCUCAUUUAAACAGUGUGAACAGUGGAAGCUCCAUUCCAGAAGAGUUGGGCAGUCCUGCUGCUCUGUAUCUACCCUCGGAGUCCACAGUUCAGGAGCAGCGCGGGAGUCCAGAUCGCAGUGUGCUUACUGAAGAAAUGGUUUUCUCACAGGAACUAGAAUCAUCUACCUCUCCUAGUAAACAAUCACUUCCUAAAAGUUACACAUCUGUGUCAAAGCAGGAGUCUAGCAAAGGAAGCCAUAGGUCUGGAGGACAGUGUCAUCUGCCUUCUAAGUCCCAGCCACACUGCUACAGUUGGUCAGAUGAGUCAUUAUCUAUGACUCAGUCAGAAACUACAUCUGACCAAAGUGAUAUUGAAGGUAGAAUCAGAGCUCUGAAGGAUGAGCUGCGGAAAAGAAAAUCAGUUGUGGAACAGUUGAAGAAGGAACAGAAAAAAAGACAAAAGGAAAGACUAAAAGCCCAAGAAGCCAGUCUGAUCAAGCAGUUAGAGUCUUAUGAUGAAUUCAUUAAAAAAACUGAAGGUGAGCUUAGCCGAGAUUUGGACCCAUCUCCAACAACCAAACUUCAGAUUAAAACACUCCCCUCAGUUUCUGAAAAACCCAAGAUCAAGUCCCUUCCACUGCACAGAUCUGAAGCAGCAAAGAACUGGAAAUCCCUCACAGAGCUGGAACGUUCCAGAGGAUCUUUGGAGUCUAUUGCUGAACAUACUGGUUCUGAAAGAGCAGUAUCAGAAAGAUCUUUAUCUGCAUAUGCAAAGAGAGUGAUUGAAGUAGACAAUGGAGCAGAAGAACAUCUUCUGGCCCCAUCUCCAGUUCUCAGCUCAUCAAGGAAAACCCCAACAGAAUGUGGAGAUUCACUAGAAAAUGCACACUCAUUACUUCUUGUCAAAGAAUUAAGCGUUCCUAGUGGAACUGAUGGUGUGUCAGAGGCUGAAGCUGAAGACUCUACUCAAAAAUCGGAAAUCCAAGAAAUCAUCACAAAAUUGGAGAAGAGUGAAAUUGAAGAUGCCCACUCCAGCCAAUCAGGGAAGUCUCAUGUCUUACUGAAACUAGAUCUGAAGCAGGAAGACUCAUCUGAAAUUCUUUCAAAGAAAGACCUUCCUUUAGAUUCUGUAAAUGUUCAGAAAGAUUUCGUUCAGUUAACCACUGAAAGUUUUCAUAAGAAAGAAGAAACAUUGAAACGAUCAGAUCAAAAUACAGAUCAGAGUCCAGACACCCAGUCAGGAAAAGAUACACAUAAACAAAAGAGUAAAAAGGAAAGGGACUCAUCUUUGAGGGACCAUCUUCUUGUUCCUAAGGAAUUGUCAUACUCUGAAGAUUUCGAAGUGUCUUCUUUCCAGAAGGAAACUUCAACAGAGAAGAUGCAUAAAGAUGAAUCGAAAGGGUCAUCUUCACUCCAGAAAGAAGCGCAGUCUUACAGAGAGAAGUCCCAGCCAACCAGGAGCUCUCCAAGUAGAGUCACUGGGUUUGGAACUGACGAAGAAAUCAGUGAGUGCUUAAGUGAGAAAAGCCUUUCCAUUCAUAGCAGUGUCCAUUCUGAAAGGCUCCUGGAACUCAAGUCCCCCACCGAGUUGAUGAAAAGUAAGGAGCGCAGUGAUGUGGAGCACAAGCAGGGAGUCCCUGAGUCCCUUUCCUUGGGUCCAGUUUCUGUGGCUGACGAGUUACUGAAUUUCCACAUUGGAGAUAGAGUGUUAAUUGGUAAUGUUCAGCCAGGAACUCUUCGAUUCAAAGGUGAAACUAGUUUUGCUAAAGGAUUUUGGGCUGGAGUAGAGUUAGAUAAGCCUGAAGGAAAUAACAAUGGAACAUAUGAUGGCAUUGUGUAUUUUGUAUGCAAAGAGAAGCAUGGUAUUUUUGCUCCUCCUCAAAAAAUAUCUCACAUUGUAGAAAACUUUAAUGACUAUAUAGAUGUGAAUGAAGAUGACAAUGCUUACUCAGAUGAACAAUAUCAAUGCUAUAGUCAUGAGCAAAAAGAUACAGAGAGUCUAAAAGAUGGAGUUGAAUAUUUUUGUGAGAAAUCUCUACCUAGUAUACAUAAUAUAGAAGCCUCAGUGGAUAAAGAUGAAAGCCUUAAAAUAGAAACAGACAAUAUAGAAGGCAUUUCUGGGGUCCUAGAAGCCCAUGUUGACCAACAGUCUUCAGUGGAUUCCCUGAUUGCUUCAAAGCAAAGCAAAGACCUUGUUUCCGGUGCCACCAACAGAGCUUCUUCUGCUGCAGAUGAGGACACCUUGGAUGGUGUGCUUUUAGAAGAGUUGAAACAGCAGCAGCAGUUCACAGAAAGGAAAGAGAAUCUUGAUUCUGAAGCCUUGGAAAAGCCUUCAACCCCACUUUUGGAUCUUUUAACAAGAGAAAAAAAACAGCUGGAAGCUCAGCUAAGGUCAUCACUAAAUGAAGAGAAAACGACAAAACAACAGUUAGAAACUGUCAACUUCCUGGCAGACAGUUUGCUAAAAGUCUUUGUGAAGGACACAGUCAGUCAGCUACAACAAAUCCAGAAAACCAGGAAUGAGAAAAUCCAACUUAGUAAUCAGGAGUUUGUUGAUGACAAAAAGAAAGUACCACCCCAGAACUCUUCCCAAAAUGUUGAGGAACAGUCACUCAGUGUUCCGAGUUGCCUCGUAAGGUCUGAAUUGGAAGAUGAGAAAGAAGAGAUUUCCUCUCCAGAUAUGUGUCCCCGGCCUGAAAGCCCAGUGUUUGGUGCCAGUGGACAGGAAGAGCUUGCUAAGAGACUUGCUGAACUUGAGAUCAGCCGGGAGUUCCUGAGUGCAUUAGGAGAUGACCAAGACUGGUUUGAUGAAGAUUUUGGCUUGAGCUCUUCACACAAAAUCCAAAAAAAUAAGGCAGAAGAAACAAUUGUACCUCUAAUGGCAGAACCUAAAAGAAUACAACAAAAGCCAUGUGAAACCGUACUGGCAGUUCCACAUAGUGCAGAGGAAGUAGAAAGUCUUGUACACAAUGCAGCAGAAGAACUUUGGAAAUGGAAAGAAUUAGGCCGUGACCUUCGCAGCAUCAGUAUUCCUACACAUCUGCUUGGUGGUGCCAGUAAGGGUCUAGAUCUAGAAAGUACUAGUAAAAGGGUCUACAAACAGGCUGUUUUUGAUUUAACAAAAGAGAUUUUUGAGGAAAUAUUUGCUGAGGAUCCCAACUUGAAUCAGCCUGUCUGGAUGAAGCCAUGUAGGAUCAACUCUAGUUAUUUCCGACGUGUGAAAAAUCCAAAUAACCUUGAUGAAAUCAAAAACUUCAUAGCAACUGAAGUACUCAAAUUGUUCAGUCUAAAAAAGGAGCCAAACCACAAAACAGAUUGGCAGAAAAUGAUGAAAUUUGGAAGAAAGAAAAGAGACCGAGUAGAUCAUAUCCUGGUCCAGGAACUCCACGAGGAGGAGGCACAGUGGGUAAAUUACGAUGAGGAUGAGUUGUGUGUGAAGAUGCAGCUGGCAGAUGGGAUCUUUGAAACCUUGAUCAAAGACACUAUUGAUGUUCUCAAUCAGAUCAGUGAGAAACAGGGGAGAAUGCUACUUGUGUGACAUCUUGCAAAUAAAUAGAACACUGAGUGCUAACAUGAGUCCUGGGCCUUUCUGCCUCCUGAUGUAUGCCCCGUCUCUACCAUAGCAAGAGUGCUUCCGGAUCUUGUACCUGCUCUUAUGGACUGCUGGUUUGGAGUUCAUGGGACAUUGUGGUAUAUCUGGUAUUACAGCCUUUGCCUUUAUAGAUUGCCCACUGGAUUAUGUGAUUAUUUUCAGUGGGCAGGAUUACACUCCUGGUGUUGAGACUUGGUAUAAUCCUACACCUCUUGUUAACAUCCCUACUGGGUCUCAGAUGAGGGCUGAAACACCAGACUUACCUCUGAGCUGAAACUAGGAUAUCACUUCCUUACAUCUCUAGUCAGGAAAGAGAGAUGUAGAUAAAUUCAUCACUUAACUUUUGAAAUGUAAUUCUAGUCUAUACCAUGAAAGUCAUAAAUGGACAUCCUAGUUUCUGAACAGUAUUAAAUCCAUAACCACUUUUAAAAUAGGCAAGUUCAAAAUAGUCUGCCUAUAUUCUAUGUUCUGGAGUUUCUUCCAUUUUUUCCUUGAAGACCAGUCUUUUCCAUCCUCACAGUUGUGCGGCACCGAGUGGACUGUCUGUCGGGUUAGCAGAAGGGAAUGUAACCUUGCUUUCUGAGCACUGCCUGCAGAAUGCACAUCCUUUAAGUUGUGCUUAGUUGUCCUUUCUGGGCUGAAAACAAAUGCUCCACUGGUGAUGGGGCUCCAGGACUGCCGCAGGCUGGCCCUUCCACCUGUCUCACCCCUGCUCUUCUCUUCCUCGUCCUCAACUUCUACCAGCUGCUCCCAGAAUCACAGAUACUCAGGACCAUCUCAGGCAUCCAGGCAUGGCAAAAGUGGAAAUAAUUCAUUUUGGCCUUCAAUCCUUCAAAUCCCAUUUCUUCCCAAGAAGUCAGAUGCUGUUACUUGAAUGAUUUAGGAAAUGAGUGUGUGCACCAAAGACAAAAAGAUACUGUCUGUAGUUUGUGUGCUUGUGUUGCUCUGUGGAAUAUUUUUUAACUUAUUUUAGGAUAACAUGUUAAGUUUAAAAUGCUCUGUCCCUAUUCAGAAAUGAAAGAUUCUUGUAAUAGUCAACUCUGUCUUGAAGCUUCUAUGGUGUAUAGUCUUUACACAGGAAACUGCAGUUAUACAGACUCAUACACAUAUUGCAGAAGUCAGUUCAAAUCACUGAAAAGAAGACAAGCAUUUCCAACAUUCACCUAUAGUAGCAGGAGUGGGAUGAAGUGAUCUAAGAUACUGUAAAACUGAAUCCUGCUUCUAUUACAGCUUUGCUUCUUACAACUAUUAUCAGUAUCUAAAAAAGAAAAUUAAUAGAUUCCAGCUGCUACCUUAGAGCACACAGGAUGCUCUCCUGGGCCUCAGCACCUGCCUUCCUGACUGGUUUCUCUUCAUCACUCCUGUCCCACUUCAAGUAAUCUAGAAGAAUGUGGAUAGUCUUAGGCGUGAAUGUAAAUGCCUUAAUCUUCAAGGUCCUGACUAGAAGCAUGAUAUAAGAUAUCCACUGGAUUCAUAGUUAUAAAUAUCCUGGAAUGUCACAGCUUCAAAAUGUUAGAAAAACCCCAAAGAUGGUAUAAUCUUUAAGUGUGCAUGUCUGUUCAUUUCUGCAUUUUUCUUCUUCCAAACUUGCCUUUGCGUCUUAAAUGUUUUGCUAUGCACACUUCCAUUCCUCUUCAGUUUCAUCCUGUCAUUAUAAGAAAUUUAUUGAAAUAAUCAUUGGAAUAUUUGCAUUUUGCACAGUGACUGGUGUGAUAGCUCUUGACAAAUAAGGAAAGCACUGAAAUGUGAUUGGGUCUCGGGAAAUGCUCAGGUUUAUGUUUUACCAGCAUCUCUUCUGGGCUUUGAGCUGUGGUCUUUAGCCAUAAUGAGCAAGUUGACUAAGAGAAGCAAAGGUUUCUUGGGGUUAUUAACCAGUAGUGUGGAGAUAUUAUUUUCAUGUGGCUAAGGAAAGCAAAGACAUUUCAGUGUGUGUUAUUUAGAAGAUAGGAAACAUCUUGUCUAUAUCCUUUGGCUGUUAUAGGAUCAUUUUGUCUUUAUGAUACUGAAACUUUACAGCUGCUAUACAUUUUUUUAUAAAAGAAUAUCAAGAUUAUAAUAGGAACAUAGGUUUUCUACAUCUUCAUUAUUUGGACCUAAAAUCAAUUUUUAAUUUUAAAAAAAGCUUACCUUUACUCUUUAUGACAUUACAAUUCCAGAAAAGGGAAAAUAUCAAUAUAAAUCCAUGGAAUUAGCAAUCUGAACACUGCCAACAAUGUGGCAGUGCGUAUCCUCACCUACCAAGAGUCCUGGGUUCCGGGUGAGGGGGAGGAAUAGAUCGAUCUCAUCCUUUGCUAGAAAUCAUUACCAGUAGUUUGGUAGCAAGAAAAGAAAAGAAAAAGCAAAGGUGUCUACAGUUAACAGAUUUCUUAUUUUAACUAUUGGGUCUAAGUGAGUUGGUUUAUUGUUAGCAUUGAGAAUGAUAAAUAUGGAUACCCAGCCACUCUUUCCAUAUUCGGGUCUUUUUUCUGCCUCGUAACCAAGAACUUAAAUAUUCCCUCUUUCUAAUCUCUGCUUCCUCUCCCCACACCCUGUCCUUUUUAGGUUUUCUUCAUAAUUCUUAUAAGAAAAAGAUCUUUGCAUCAGCAGUAAUAUCUUUUAGAAUAGCACUAUCAGAAUUUAGUAGUACACUAACAUGUAGGCUUCAGAUUUACUUCUGAGUCCAAAACAAUUUGUGCUAUCCAGGGCAGUUAACUCUGGGUUAAAUAAGUACAGGGUAUAGAUUCCCUCUUCAGGUCUAAACAAGAAUUUUUACUCUAGGGAAAAGUGGGAAGAGCUCAAAAGUAGUUUAAUAAGGAAGGUAAUUUGUUUUUCUUUUACAUAAAAGAAAAGAAAAUUCCUUCUGUGACUACAGGUCUCUGAGAAAUUAUCUUUCAAAAGAGAUUUCUUUGCUCAUAAGAGUGUUGUGGCCUAUUGAUAAAAACAAUUUUGUUCACUUUCUUGUCUUGAAAAAAAGUGGCCUUAGCUUUUUGCAAUACUUGAAUAAAGUGUGUACUCGCAAAAGAAUUUCUGUAGCACAGCAUUAGAGACUCAUAACUUUUCUGCAAGAAAUUCAAACUUACAUCUUCCUUUUACUACCUUAAGAAUACUAGUGAAUAAAAUAAUUCAAAGAACAAGUGAUAGAAACUACAAUGAUGUUUAAUGCAAAUUGUAGGAAUUUACAUGUUUACAAAUCAUCUUAACCUGGUUGUGCAGCAAUUCAAUAAAAUCUUUGUAUUAUAAAAUGUGAAGAAAAAUGUAAACUGAUGUAAAGGAGGUACUGUCAUUUUAAUUAACCUAUGUUUAAUAGCUUUUCCUUCUGGACUUUGCAAAGCCUUCUGGGUAAACAAAUUGCAAAGUAUUCUCGAGAAGGCCUAGCCUCCUCGUGUGUACUGUACUGUGCAGACAUGAAAAAUAAACCCGUUUACUGUGUACAUGUAAAUAGCCUGGUCAUCAGGCCAUUUCCAGCCAAUAGUCACAUCCAGUGCAGUUCUGCACAGAAGACUAAGGGUGUGGUCUGUAAGUAUGAGCUGUAAAAUAAAUGGGAUGAACUCCCGUGUACACCUGUGUAAAUAGAUUUGUUAACUAAAAUGUACUUUAAGAAAAGAUAAAAUUCUGUAAAUAAACUGAUUUAUAAAUUAA